AUGUCGGCUACCGUCCAGGACUUCCAGCUUGCUGCUCUGGCUGCCGGCUUCACGAUUGGGUUCGGGUUCUUGACAGUAUGGGAGGCCGUCAAGCAGACCCGGCGAAACCACAGCCCCCUCCGAUCAGCCUACAUCUACAUGAUAUGGGGUGAAAUUCUGGUCAAUGUCAUCAUUGGUAUCAUUGGAUGGCUGUUUUUAAACGAUGUUCUUGGGCCGACUGUUCCGGUCCUGUUCUUCAUCCUAUUCUUCUGGGUGUGGGAGAUCCAACUGCUCAUGCAAAUCAUCAUCAACCGCAUUGCCCUCAUCGCAGAACACCGAAGUACCAUCCGCAACCUCAAAUGGGGAACAGUAGUCCUCAUCACCAGCAUCAACAUCGCCGUCUUCUGUAUCUGGAUCCCAUCGCACACCGUCCCGCCAAUCAGCGAAACCUUUGUCAAGAUCAACAACGUCUGGGACAAGGUCAGCAAGGUGCUCAUCUUGAUCGUGGAUGCAGGCCUGAACUGGUACUUCCUACGAACUGUCAAGAUCCGUCUCGUCGAACAACACGGCCUGACCAAAUACGCGCCGCUGGUAGGCUUCAACGGCAAGCUAAUGGUUGUCUCCAUCGCCAUGGACGCCCUCCUCAUCGGUCUUAUGUUCCUCCAGAACCAAGUCGUAUACGUGCAAUUCCACCCCGUCGUCUACAUGGUCAAGCUGAACAUUGAAAUGUCCAUGGCCUCCCUCGUCGUCCGCCUCGCGCAAGGCAAGCCGCAAAACGACAUGAACCCCGAAGAAUUCCACAGCUCCUCCGGUCCCGACUCGCACUCCCGCUCCAACGCGCGCUCGCACCAACCGCACUCGGUUCAGCUGACCAACCGAUCGAAACGCAACACGACGAACAUGCGCAGCGCGGGGCUGAGCAAAAUUGAUAGCGAUGAGAGUCUGGAGCUGGGUGGUAUCCAGUGUACGACGGAUCUACACAUCACGCAUGAGGACAGGAAAGAUUAUAUCGACAGGAAAGAUUUCAUAGAGGGCAGCUCGAGGAGUAGCAAUGAUGCGCCGGCGCCGAGUGUGUUUGGGGAUGAGACGCCCUUGAAGCAAGGGGCGAGGGUACGAGAGAGGUCGAUGUGA